AGUGCUCCAUUCUGCUGGAGGAUACAUAAUCUAUACACACACACACACACACACAUACAGAGCAAAGGACAUGCCACACUGUGUUAUACUGGAUGGACCAGCACCAUGGGGCUUCCGGCUGAUUGGAGGAAAGGAUUUCAACCAACCUUUCACUAUCGCAAAGAUAUCUCCAGGCAGUAAAGCGUCCAUGGUAGACCUCUGUCCUGGUGACAUUAUCCUGGCUAUAGAUGGCAUCUCUACCAGCAACAUGAUGCACUGUGAAGCUCAGAAUCGUAUGAAGCAGGCCACGCGACAGCUCAGCUUAACCAUCCAGAGGCCUGAAACGAAACUGUGGUCACCUCAAGUAAGAGAAGAUAGUAGAGCGCAUCCAUUUAAAAUGAACCUGGAGGCAGAGAGACAGGAGUACAGGCCAAUCGGCACGGGCCAUAACCGGCGGGCUGUGCCCUUUGUGGCGGCCAACAUUGAUGACAAGCGACAGGUGGUCAGUCCUACCUACAACUCUCCCAUAGGUCUUUACUCUACAGGCAAUAUCCAGGACGCCUUUCAUGGUCAGCUCAGGGGUCUAAUACAGAGCAAGCCAGAGAGUCCCAAGACGCUCACAUCUAUAGAAGAAUCAGAUGUGUACCGCAUGCUCCAGGAAGAGGGAGAGAAAGAGCCUCAUGAACCCCGCCAAUCAGGAUCUUUCAAAGCCUUACAGGACUACAUCAACAGUGAAGGAACACUUCCACUCAUGACGAAGACGGUGCAAGCACCCACCACUAAGCCUCUCUCACCUGGAGGAAACCUGCACAAACUGCCCAUGUGCGACAAGUGUGGUAACGGCAUAGUUGGAAUGGUAGUGAAAGUUCAUGAUAAGUAUCGACACCCUGGCUGUUUCGUCUGCUCAGACUGUGAGGAGAACCUGAAACAAAAAGGCUACUUUUUUAUAGAUGAUGAAAUCUACUGCGAAACUCACGCACAUGCUCACGCAAAACCUCCCGAAAGUCCAGACUUGUAGAUACUACAUGCACACACAAACACGCACUUACAUCCGAAUAUUAUAAAAUAAUAAUAACACUAUACUCACUUAGGAGUGCACUCACCUCGAGGUACACAUACCAGACACAAUCAGCAUGGUGAUUUAUUGAGAAAACACAGCAAGGUAUUGAUUGUAUGGAACAUCAGUUUAUUUGUGGGUUUUGAAAUGUGUAUACACUGUGCUUUAUACAUACUGUAGGAAUAAGCUGUUGUGGCUAAAGAUUUCAAUAAAAUGAAAUUUAUAACUGU